AUGGAUGAUGGUAGUGUCGUUCUAGCUAGUAAAGAUUACCGUAUCUAUGUUUAUCGAUAUCUAAUGACAUCGUCAUCAUCGAUCGGAUCCGGAGGAGUUGCAGGAAGUAAUACAACACCUCCAUCGCCAUUAUCAUCUUCAUCGACAACACCGAAUAGUAGUCAAAUGCUGAAUGGCGGUGAAUGUUCAUCACCACUUUCAGUUAAUGGUCAUGGUGAAGGUUCAGCAGUAACAAGUAAUGAGUAUUAA